AUGGCUAUUCGACGGGCUCUCGAAAGGACAUCCUUCCUCACUCUUUUCUUCAUUUUGUUCAUGACGGUGUCUUCUUUAAAGCCUGAGUAUAGCUUGGGGAAUCGGAUCCGAUCCCCGAAGAAUUACAAGAAUCCGAAAGUCGUCGAUGAUCCUCGAUUUGAAGGAUCGACAGGAAAGAAUACUCCGAAGAUAUAUCGCCCUUAUCCGGAUUAUGAUAGCUUGAAAUGGCAAAGCAAACACCGUGUGCCCUUUGUUGCUUGCCUUGGACCGAGAAACAAGCUACUGAACGAGAGUUUGGAUGACCAGGUUGGUGUCUACGUUGGCACCCCUCAAGGGUUUCCACUCCCCAUGUUUGGCUCCUACGAUGCUGUUGGACUUGAUGGACAGAUUUCCUUCGACCGAUAUACGCGGUACGGUGCCUAUGGGUUCGGAGAGGAUGAAGAGUCUGUGCCAUAUUGGACAAAACCAUCCAAGGUAAACUGGAAUCAGAUCAGAUGGGGCCAACUGCAGAAGCAAUGUGUCGAACGAAACGCGAAAAGAUUUAUGAAAGAAGCUUCUACUGACACAGGCUCCGAGAUCCCGCACCCGGACCUUCCAGCUGAGGAGCGCAGCGCUGUCCUCAUUCGCACAUAUCUCGGGAAAGAAUAUUCUGAAAACGACUUGCAUGUUAUUCGCUCCAUGGUCAUGGAACUUGCUCUUCAGACUGGCGGCGAGUUUGAAGUUGUUUUGCUACUGCAUGUGAAAGAUGAGAGUCUGGAUAUCAAACAGGAAGAGGUGUAUCGGAGAAUCCUCAAAGAGAAUAUUCCCCAGGAGUUCUGGGAUAUGACUGUCCUGUGGAACACCCCUCUGGUGGCCGAACGAUACAAAGAUCUUAACACUUCUGUCAUCGAUGUUCACCAUGCACAGUGGCUCCCCGUUCAGUGGUUCAUGCGGGAACAUCCUGAAUUCGAACAUUUCUGGAACUGGGAAAUCGAUACACGUUUUACGGGUCACCACUACGAGUAUGUGGACAAGAUUGCAGCCUUUGCUCGCAGGCAACCACGCCGCGGAUUAUGGGAUCGCAAUGCUAGGUUCUACAUCCCCCAAAUCCACGGUGAUUAUGAGACCGAGUACCGAGACUACGUGAAUCGAAGUGAACCCGAAGGAGUAUGGGGCCCAGCGGCAGUGGCUGGUCCUGAUCUCAAGAUCCAAGUUUAUGGACCCACGGCACCGACUCUAUUCCCGAGAGACGAUAACUUCGAAUGGGGAAUUGGCGAAGACGCUGAUUUUAUCUGCUUCCUCCCCAUAUUUCAUCCCAUUGGUACGCGAUGGGUGAUUCGGAAUGAAGUGUACGGCUACGAGCAGGGACGAGAGCUGCCACGACGGGCUUGUUUGAUCACACACUCGAGGAUUUCCCGUCGCUUGCUCACAGCCCUCGAUGAAGAGAACCUUGCAGGUCGGCACAUGGGCUCGGAACUAUUCCCAGUAACAACAGCCCUAUACCAUGGCAUGAAGGCCGUAAGCGCUCCUCAUCCAAUCUUUUCUGAGCGGCCCUUUCCCCCACAGGAUGUCGGUUUCAUAUUCAAUUCGGGCGUCAAUGGCAGAACGGGAAGCACGAAAUUUAGCCCAUUCUCCUGGGGCCGGGAGAUUCCAUUCCGUGAUACGUCAUGGUAUUACCGCGCGAAUCUUCCUGGACGGCUCUACUGGAAUUUCCUUGGAUGGGAAAAGGGAGGCACUGGAGGAAAGGAGGUACGCAUGUUCAUUAACCGUACCCAAAUGCUAUCAUGA